ACGGGCCCCGCCGACCCCCCCGUCCGCUCCCAACGGCAGGUCAGCCCAACCCAGCAGCCGGAAGAUGAUCCCCGGCCGUCGCCCUCCACAUCGGUGACUGAGUCGGCGGUCAGGCAGCGGCAGUCGGCCCAAACGGUAAGGAGCAGCAGCGGCCGCGCUUCGAUUCCUCUCAAAUCCAACACCAAUAGGCCGCUAGGACAUUCAAGAAGAUAGAAAUGAAUGAGCUUCCUCAUUGCACUUAUACAUUCAGAUCAUCAAGCCAGCCAUCGUCUACAGAGCAAAAGGCAACCCCCUGCAUUUCUUGACAAUACGUCUGCCAAUGGUGACCAACUCUUCACAUGGCCUUCUUCUCAGCAAGCCGUACGUGCGAAGCGGUCUGGAGAGGAACUACUAUGAAGUGGAGUUGAGUCUCACAUGGAGUGGAGUUGAGAUCGAGAAGGGAGGGACUAUUAUGAAGUGGAAUUAUUGAGAUGGAGAAGAAUUAUUGGAGACAGAAACUGCGUGUUGCUGCCCUGCGCUAUCUAGUACAAUUAUGAAGGGGAGGGACGCAGAGAGCUGGUCCUGCUCCUCCACAAUGACAGACAGUGAGUGUUGCUGCCUAGUACAAUUAUUGAGAUGGAGAAGAAUUAUUGGAGACAGAAACCGCGUGCGUGCAUGGUCGAUGUUCUGACCUGUGGGCCAGCAUGCAUGUACGUGGGUUCCAAAAAGCUUCAAAAAUCAGUGUGAACAAAUGAGGCCCUCUCAAGUCUCAACCAAUAUUGACGCCAAGAAGCAGUCUAGGCAAGCGCGUGUUGGUGGGAAGAAGCAGCGAUUCUGCCAUGGAUCGAUCUUGCUGUUAAUUGGUCUCGGCCGUGCGCGAAGUUGGUGAAGCAAGCAGAGAUAUCAAAUAUGCUCCAAUAAUAGUAUGAAUACCCUGAUCCAUAAUGCAAGGCUUGGGGCCGGCUAUGUAUUAGUUGGCUUGAAAAAUAUUGGGCUCAUUCCAUUCCCAUUCCCUACCCUUACGCCAGCGACGCCGCAGCCGUCGUCUCUUUUCGUAUUUCCCUUCUCUAUGCGGUAGAAACAGCUCAGCAUGAUGAAGGCAUCCAUCCCCUUCUAGUUAGAUAACAUGUUUCAAAGCAACAGAAACUGAAUCUUCAGUUCUUCACCAACCUGCAUAGAUGAUCAAUUCCAAAGUGCAUAUACAAUUUUUUUACUUUUACGUUGUCACAGCUCAAAUUCUUCAAACAAUAUUUUUGAUAGGUUAUUGGUUUCGUUUUUUGUUUGUCACAGAGCCAGUUCAUGCCAGGACGCGUUUAGGCUACAAGACUCGGGCAACACCCUCGACACAAGAAGGCACUCGAAAUUGAUGAAUCUGAAGAUCACUCUGAAACUUUGGUAGCUUAUUAAGUUUCUUAACUCCAGCUUACAACAUUUCUUGUAUUUCUGUGGUCACACUUUUGCUUGUCUUCCGAGGGAGCUUUGGUGUUGACAUGCACGGAAUUUGCAUUUGUAGUAUUCAUAGAAACAGAUAUUCGUGGGUAUUAUACUGAUAUUUAUGACUUACUGACAUUGCCAAAUUACGAGGGAGCUUUCAAGGGAGCUUUUCUUAUUUGUGACUUACUGACAUUGCCAAAUUACGCCGAUGAUUAUUAUACUGAUGUUUUUUCUCUCUCUGAAAAAGUGAGUGCUAUGGCUUGCUACUGUUUCGUGUGUUGCCAUUUACCAUUGAAGCCAUUGCCAUGAGGGUUGGUGGAAGCCUCAUGAAAGCUUGGUGCAAGCCUCGUGAUUGACCUGACCAGCUAAGGUACACAUGAUUUUUAAAAAAAAAACUGAAACUGUGGGGUGGCCUUUGACAGUAGCACAUGGUAUUUAUGGUAGUUCUGUCCCAAUGUGAACUUAGGUGAGCCCAAAUGGACUUCCCCGUCAGCUUCAGUCAGCAGAACACUUGGCCUUUCAGUUCUAUACAUACAUCCUCUCUUCUCCAAAUUAUUCAUUCUUCUUCUCCAUGGCUCCCCUCUACAUACUACUCGGUCUUCUCCUAUUGCACACUGCUCCUUGGUGCUUCUCUGCAGCUGUAGAUGAGGACACUCUCAUGGCAGGCCAAGCGCUCGCCGUUGGUGACAAGCUCGUCUCCAGGAACGGCAAGUUCGCCCUUGGCUUCUUCCAGCCAGCAGCAAGCAGCAGUAUCAGUAAGUCGUCCCGCAACGCCACCUCCUCAAGAUCCAGCUGGUACCUUGGCAUAUGGUUUAAUAAAAUCCCAGUUUUGACUACUGUGUGGAUCGCUAAUAGAGAGGAGCCCAUCACCCACCCCAACCUCAACUCAGCACAGCUCAAGAUCUCAAACGAUGGCAAUCUUGCCAUCGUAGUAAACCAUGGUAGCAACACUCAAUCUAUAGUUUGGUCCACUCAUAUUGUCAAUAAUAGGACACACAACAGCCUAAACAUCACUAGCGCUGCCGUUCUCUUGAAUAGUGGAAACCUUGUCCUCAAAGAGAGCCCAUCAUCUGACUUAUCGGUGUGGCAGAGCUUCGACAACCCAACAGAUGUUUGGCUUGCUGGUGCCAAGUUUGGCAGGAACAAGGUCACCGGUUUUAGUCGUUAUGGGAUCUCAAAGAAGAGCCUCAUUGAUCCAGGUCUCGGCUCAUACAGUAUUGAACUAGAAGGCACCAGGGGGAUUGUCCUUAAGCACCGUAACCCCUCCAUAGAAUACUGGCUUUAUGCAUCCUCCACAGCAGCAUCGUUGGUACCAGUAGUCAAUUCACUGCUAAGUUUGGAUCCUCGGACUAAAGGUUUAUAUAACCUAGUAUAUGUCAAUGAUGACCAAGAAGAGUACUACAUGUAUACUUCACAUGAUGAAUCAUCUUCCAUGUUUGUCUCACUAGACAUCUCUGGUCAGAUAAAGUUGAAUCUUUGGUCCCAAGCAAAUCAGUCUUGGCAAACAAUAUAUGCCCAGCCUGAUGAUCCCUGUGAUCCACCUGCUGCCUGUGGACCUUUCGCGGUAUGCAGAGGCAAGCCGCAUCCAUCAUGUGACUGUAUGGAGAGCUUCUCUAAGAAGUCACCGCAUGAUUGGGAGUUUGAGGAUCGAAUAGGAGGAUGCAUCAGGAAUACACCAUUACAUUGCACUACUUCAAAGAACAUCACAAGUUCAACAGACAUUUUCCAUCCCAUUGCGCAAGUUACACUGCCCUACAACCCACAAAGCAUAGCUGUUGCUACCACUCAGAGCAAAUGCGAAGAAGCUUGUCUCAGUUCAUGUUCCUGCACUGCUUAUUCCUAUAAAGAUAACAGAUGCUCUGUCUGGAAUGGAGAAUUGCUUAGUGUAAAUCUGGAUGAUGGCAUCGAUAACACUUCCAAAGAUGUUCUUUAUCUCCGCCUUGCUGCCAAAGAUUUCUCAGCAAAUUUAAGAAAAAAGAAAAGAAAACCAAAUGUUGGAGUUGUUACUGCUGCAAGCAUUAUUGUUGUUGUGUUACUAAUGCUCAUGCUGUUGCUACUGAUUUGGAGGAAUAAAUGCGAGUGGUGUGGUUUGCUGCCAAUAUACUCUGACAAUCAAGGGAGUGCUGGUGGGAUUGUACCCUUUAGAUACACUGAUUUAGUUCGUGCUACUAAAAAAUUCUCAGAAAAGCUGGGAGGAGGUGGUUUUGGUUCAGUAUACAAGGGAGUGUUAAGUGACUCAAAGACUACUAUAGCAGUCAAAAGGCUUGAUGGUGCCCAUCAAGGAGAGAAGCAAUUCAGGGCUGAGGUGAGCUCAGUUGGACUGAUCCAACAUAUCAACCUAGUAAAAUUGAUCGGUUUCUGCUGUGAAGGUGAUCACAGAUUACUUGUGUAUGAACACAUGUUAAAUGGGUCUCUUGAUGGCCAUCUAUUUAAAAAGAGAAAUGCUGCUGUUCUAAAUUGGAACACUAGAUAUCAAAUAGCCCUAGGAGUUGCCAAAGGAUUGUCCUACUUGCAUCAGAGUUGCCACAAAUGCAUCAUACACUGUGAUAUUAAGCCAGAGAACAUACUUCUGGAUGCAUCAUUUGUUCCUAAAGUUGCAGACUUUGGGCUGGCAGCGUUUGUGGGAAGGGAUUUUAGCCGAAUUCUGACUUCAUUCAGAGGAACUACAGGUUAUCUUGCCCCAGAGUGGCUUAGCGGAGUUGCGGUCACACCAAAAAUUGAUGUUUAUGGCUUUGGCAUGGUGCUGCUGGAAAUCAUGUCAGGAAGGAGGAAUUCGUCACCUGAGACAUCACACUACACCAAUAGCAGCAGCAAUGUGGACCAGCAUGUUGGAUAUUUCCCUGUGCAAACCAUCAGCAAGCUUCACAGCGGAGAUGUAAAGAGUUUGGUGGAUCCACAGUUACAUGGUGACUUCAAUUUGGAAGAGGCUGAAAGGGUUUGCAAAGUUGCAUGCUGGUGCAUCCAAGAUAAUGAGUUUGAUCGGCCGACGAUGGGUGAAGUGGUCCGGGUUCUCGAGGGCCUACAGGAGAUUGAUGUGCCGCCAAUGCCAAGACUACUUGCAGCUCUGACGGAACAGUCUGGUGCUGCAAUUUUAAUGUAACAAUAUUUUGCAGUCGAUAUUACUAGUCUUGUUAAGUUCAGCAAUUUUCGUGAAGUUGUAAUGUGUAGAGGAAGGAAUAAAGGAAGCAAGUUUUCUGUUGCUAA